AUGACCAUCACCACCAGUGCCACCACCACGACCAUGACCACCACCAUCCUCACCACCACGGUCUACACGCCCACCACCAUCACCACCAGUGCCACCACCACGACCAUGACCAUCACCACCACCACCACCACCACCACCACCUCCGAGCUCCUCAACGAAGCCACCUGCCCCAUCUGCUUGGAGUAUUUCCGGGACCCUGUCUCCAUCCACUGCGGCCACAACUUCUGCCGAGGUUGCAUCACCCGUUGUUGGGAAUGGUCCACGGAUGGUUUCUCCUGCCCAAGAUGUCGGGAGACGGCACCCGAGAAGGACAUUCGACCCAACCGAGAGUUGGCCCGAGUCCUAGAGGUGGCCAAAAGGUUGAGUUUGAAGGUGGCCAGAAGGGAGAAGGAGGAGGAGGAAGAGGAGGAGGAGAAGGAGGAAGAAGGAUGCCAGAAGCACCAGGAACCCCUGAAGGUCUUCUGCAAAGACGAUGGGGUCUUCCUCUGCGCCGUCUGCCGGGAGUCCCGAGCCCACCGCUCCCACCUCAUGCUACCCUUGGAAGAUGCUCUCCAGGAAUACAAGGGACAAAUCCAGACCCGUCUGCAAACCCUGAAGGAAGAGAGAGACAAACUCCUGGGGUUUCGAGAGGCUGAAAUGAGGAGAAGCUGGGAGUAUUUGGAGAAGACCGAAGCCGAACGGCGGAGGGUCCUCUCUCAACUGGAAGGGUUGCGGUUCUUCUUGGAGGCCCACGCCCGUGGCCUCCUGCUUCAGCUGAAGGACCUGGAGAUGGAGGUGGAGAAGACACAGGAGGACAACCUCACCCACCUGACCCAGGAGAUCUCCCGUUUGGACGCCUUCAUCCAAGAGAUGGAGGAGAAAUGUCAACGACCGGCCAACGAGUUCCUGGUGGACAUCAGAGGUACCUUGAGCAGGUUUGAAAAGGAACAUUUCCAGCAGCCCCAGUUGCUUCUCCCCGAACUGGAAGAGAAAAUCGCUCGCUUCAGGGAGAAAAACGCCCCUCUGGAGGAGACCCUGAGGACCUUCCAAGACGCCCUGAUGUUUGAGCUGCCCGAAAAGACGAAGGUCACCUUGGACCCUUCCACCGCUCACCCCCAGCUGGUGGUGUCGGAGGACGGGAGGAGCGUGAGGUGGGAAGAAGAAGACACCCAACAGGACCCCCCAUCGGACGAAGGGCCCGGCACCGAUCCCUACGUGUUGGGCUACCAAGGCAUCACCUCGGGGAGGUGCUGCUGGGAGGUGGAGGUGACACCCAAAGGUUCCUGGGCCUUGGGGGUGGCCAAGGAGUCCCUGAAGAAGAAAGAAGAGACCUCCACCGGCCCCGAGGUGGAACUCUGGUCUAUGGGUCUCUGCGAGGGACAGUUUUGGGCUCUCACCUCCUUGGAACGUGUCCCCUUGUACCACAUCCAUGUCCCCAAAAAGCUCCGGGUGGCCUUGGACUACGAGAAGGGCCAGGUGGCCUUUUUCGACGCCGAGAAGAAGGCCUUGAUAUUCACCUUCCCAGCAGCCUCCUUCGAAGGGGAGAAGGUCCACCCUUGGUUCCUGGUGUGGGGCGAGGGCUCCCAGAUGACCUUGUGCCCCUGAAGUUCUCCCUUCUUACCCAAACUCACGUUUCCCCAUCCCUCCCCCCCCAAAAGACCCCAAAUCUCCAAUCUUUUGAAGGACUUCUCUCUGCUCAAAGUCCUUCUUGACCUUUCUGGCCUCUUCCCACCCCAAAAAAAACGUGGUCACCCCCAAAGUGGGGCCUUGGGUUGCCCCAUGGAGCCACCUUGAGCUCCACCAACUCCACCCCUCGUCCCGUCUUUCCAUCUUCUUAUCGAAGAUGAAAUUACAAAAAAAAA